AUGAGCGGUCCGGGGAAAGAUGAGGAGCGGCCGAGGCUGGAGCGGUUCGACGGGAGCCAGCCGUCUACGUACAGACGCUGGCGUCGAAAAGCUGAGCUAAUGCUGCUUGCGCUUCCCAACACGUACACGAAGGACAGAUGGGGAGCAAAGUUGCUGGAGUAUGUUGGUGGUGAAGCAGAGGAAGUCUGUGAAGCACUGCCGCUGGACAAGAUCACCAAGGACGGUGGGCAUACGUUGAUUCUGGAGGCUUUGGACGAGCGUUACAAAGAACUUCAGAAGGAAGCCUUACAUAAUCACCUGCAAGAGUACUUCUAUGGUUUGCAAAUCAAGCCUGGUGAAAGCUACAGGAACAUGAUUGUGAGGCUGGAUUCUGCGUAUCGGCGACUUCAAGAACACAGUGUGGAGCUGCCAACCGAGGUCCGAGGGUGGUUUGUUUUGAGAAAACUUCAGCUGGAUGCAGCAUCAGAGGCUAUGCUGAUGACACACACCAAGGGGUCACUCAAGCAUCCCGAUGUGAUCAAGGCUAUCCAGGCUAUUUAUCCGCAGGGUAUCGCCAAGGCAAGUCAAGCGCGGACAAAAGAGGUCUACGAGGCGACGAAUGAGGUCGCUGAAGUCGAUGGUGAGGAGCUUAUAGAAGACGUGUUUCAGGCUGUGGCUGACCAGGUUCAGUCCUCCGAGGAGUACGAUGAUGAAGAUGCCGUUGACGUUUUUGAGACCUACAAGGAAGUGCGGAAAAGACUGCAACAGAAGAAGUUGGGUCGUGGAUAUAAGCCUGAUGCGAGUCAGCAGUGGAAGCUGAGUGGUACUGUCAAAGGCAAGCUGGAGAUGCUGAAGAGCAAGACAAAGUGUCACUUGUGUCACGAGCGUGGUCACUGGAAACGUGAAUGCCCGCGGCGAGGACAAGCUCCUGGUGCAGCGAGGCAGCAAAGGCCCAGUGGCUCCAACGAGGCAAUGGUGGCUGACGAGGAUGGUGGUCACUACAAGAGCAUCGAAGAGGAACACUUCUUGGACGUUGAUGAGCUGGAGAGGUUUGAAAUCUUUCUGGCAGAAAAGGAAGGCGGUGUGGAAGUGAUUCUCGCCGAUCGCGAGGAAGCGGUCGACCAAGGAGGUGAAGUGAGGGGGGACUUUGAGCGUAGUUUGUCAGAGUUUUUACACAGCUCGGAGUUUUGCAAGGACGAGCGCUCUCAUGAGGCAUACAUGACGGAUUGCGCUGAUCUUGCCGAGCAUGGGGUUCCUGACACGGCUUGUAGGAGGACUUUAGUGGGUGAGUCCGUUCUGCAGCGCAUGUCAGAGGCUUUGAGACAGUUGGGGCUGAGAGUUCGAUUCAUUAGGGAGAAUCAUGAGUUUCGUUUUGGCAACUCGGGUACUUUGAAAACAAAGGUUUCAGCCCUGAUUCCAGUGUGUCUAGGUGGCAAGCAGUUAGCGAUAAGAGCUGCUGUGUUGCCUGGAGCAGGUUCCGAGACGCCACUUCUUCUUUCCAAGGAACUUUUGCGUAAGUUGCAAGUGAAAUUAGAUAUGGGGAACGAUAGGAUAGAGAUUGGCCGCUACGGGGUGAGUGCGAAGCUUCGGGAAACCGAACGUGGUCACUAUGCGUUGCCACUCUUCGAGGGCUUGGAACAAUGCAAAAGCAAGGGGGAUGUGCCAACGAAUGUGGGAGUGAAGACGCAUGAGGUGAACACCGCCGAGUUUUCUGCCCAAGCACAGAGCGGUAGCAUUGCCCGCUCAGCGUUGAUCGAGGAUCUGAUGUCCGAGGUGACAGCCAAUGCAACCACGGAGGACCAGAUGUCGGACAUCGAUGCGAAGAUCCUCGACGAGGCACCAGAUCACAGCGACGACGACAGAGACGCCGUUG